AUGGAGAUCGAGCUCGCUUAUGGUGAAUCUCGCGGAUACUGGAAACAUUAUUCACCCGGGAAGCGGUUCAAACAAGCGAAAGCCGUUGGCAAGAUCAACAACGUAAAAGCUACUCUGUUAUUUGAUUCUGGUGCUGAAGUGUCGAUCAUUGACACCACCUUUGCUCGUGAGGUCGGUUGCAAUAUUGACGAAAGUCAACGACAAGAAUGUAUCGGGAUUGGAGAAACUCCGUACAUGACGGUAGGACGUACCAAGAUCAAGGUGACCCUCGCGGGAUCGCUAGUAUACUAUUUCAAUGUAUGGGUAGGUGAUCUGGCAGGGCAAGAAGCGAUUCUGGGUAUGGAUUUUAUGGUGCCUGCUGGAGUGCGGCUCGAUCUAGCGGAUGGCGCGCUAUGUCUACCAGAAGAAAUCCGCAUUCAUCUCGCAGGACGUCGCCCCGCGUACGGAUCGAAGAUACAACAUAUAACGGCGAAGGACCAACACGUGGUGAUCCCGGUCGGAGAGUCAAGGGAAGUGAAGAUCGGGAUCGGAGGGGCUAAGAUGAAGUUGUGGGUCGCUAGAGGACUAGAUUGGGUCCCCACUGUGAUCUCGGGGUGGGGUAAGACGAAAUACCUGCAGAUGACCAACAUUGGCGACCGGGAGAUCAUACUGCCCACCCACACUAUAUUAGGCAUGUGGGUCGAAGGCGAUAUGGUACCGCGAGCUCAAGUUUUGGUGACAGUCGGGUCGGGGAAGUACAAGGAAUGGCAAACUCUGGCAUAUGAGGCUACAACGGAUCGAGUGAACGAACUCCCGAAAGAACCGAUCGGACCAUUGGUAGAUCGUCCUACGUAUGCCGCUCCCAAACGCAUCUUGAAACGUCCGUCUGAUGCGUUACAGAACCUGUCUCCGGCGAUCUCCACGGUAACGCCGCAAGCUAACGAUGACGAUUCGCAAAAGGCAGAUGCUGUAGUUGCGAGGGAAGUAACGGUCAGGGGAGCCGAACUAUCGCGGAUGGAGAACGGUCAUGAGAUCGGUACCCAACAUGCAACGAAGGGAGACCGCAACACCGGGCAAGAAGGGCUACGUGACAGAUCGUCUCUACCGAAGGCUGAGCCGACUGACCGAAUGUUGAAAUUGGGCCAGCCGGAAGAGACGAAGGAGCCUAAAGAAGAAAUAAUUCUAAAUACUGAAGACGUCGAGAUUGCAGAAAUACCAGUUUAUCACCACGAGAGCGGAGAUUUGUUUGCGGAAGAUAUCGAGCAGCAUAUGGCCGUGCUACCAGAGAUGUCGGCGACUACGGAAGAAGUUACGAUUGAGGACAUUCAGAUCGGUGAUCCCGAUGUGCCUCUCACCACAGAUCAACAACGGCUCAGAUCGCUGAUCUGGAAGAGCCGUCACCUCCUCAUGGGUAAAGGUAAUGCUCUACCACCCGCAGCACGAGGCGCGAUCUGUGAUAUUGAUGUCGGUGGGGCAGCACCGAUAGCGCAAAGAGUGCGUCCGGUCGCACCCAAAUAUCGGGAGAAGCUGUCAGAUCUCAUCAAAGGACUAUUAGCAGCCAAAAUCGUUCAGCCAUCCACGUCACCUUGGGCGUCUCCGAUAGUGGUGAUCAUCAAGAAGAACGGAGUGGAUAUUCGCCUUUGCAUUGAUUAUCGAAGAGUGAACCAGCUGACGCGUCUGAUGGUUUAUCCCAUGCCGUUGAUCAGCGAUCUGUUGGAAGAUCUGGAUAAAGCUCUAUGGUACUGUUCGCUAGACAUGGCUAGUGGAUUUUGGGUCGUCGAAAUGACCGAACGAGCAAAACUGAUCUCAGCGUUUGUCACACCGUUUGGCUUGUUCGAGUGGCUGCGAAUGCCUUUUGGGCUUAAGAACGCGCCCCAGAUCUACCAACGUCUGGUGGACAAUGCGUUGUAUGGAUAUCUCAAGAUCGGCCAGAGAUCAGCUUCUGAUGGCCCGAUCGACGUGUUCAAAGAUGGAGAACCUGAGACAGAUCGACGACCGUCUAUACUGGGACGCCGAUCUUACAUUGACGAUAUUCUCAUACCAGCCGCGUCAUGGGGAUCUUUGUACACAAAAGUAGAACGGUUGCUGGAGGCAUGUGAUAAGUGGAAUCUGUCUAUCAGCCUCACGAAGAGUUUUUGGGGGUGCCGUAAGGUCGAUUAUUUGGGACAUCGAGUGUCGAUGGAUGGUCUGGAGGCUCAGCCCAAGAACCUAGAGUCGUUGGUUAACAUCCCGUUUCCUAGCACGCUACGAGCUAUGCAAUCCUUUCUCGGGAGCUUGAACUACUACCGUCGCUUCAUUGAGGAUUUCGCGGUGUAUGCCGCGGUGUUGUAUGAGUUAAGAGAAUCGGAUUUCUUCGAGAUCGGCCGAUCUCAGCUUGCAGCAGGAGACGAAUGCUCCAACGAGGGUCGAUGGACGGAAGCCAAGGUUGCUUUCACUAUGCUAAAAGCUAAGAUAGCUACAGCUCCCAUGCUCAAGCAUUUCGACCCAGAUCGGUCCCCCGUAAUCGUGGUCUACGCUAGCAAGUGGGCUGUCUCAGCGGCCCUGAUACAGGAGUACGAUGGCGUGUACCAUCCGGUGACGUUUACUAGCCGCACUUUAAAGCCUAAUGAGCUUAACUACGGAACGGUAGAAAAAGAAGUGCUGGCGCUACUUCGUGUGUUGGAUGUAUGCUAUACUACGCUUGCCUCGCGGGAGAUCACUGUACUGACCCGACAUUCUACGUUAGCCUGGUUGAUGCAGUCUCGAGGGCUCAACGGGAGAUUAGGACGGUGGGCUGCUUUGUUGUCAAAUUGGACUAUGGAGGUGAAGAAAUGUGAAAGAGGAGAGGAAGAGAUCCUGGGCAUGUUAGCAGCGAGUAUCACUCCGAGAGGAGAGGUGGAAGAGAUGCUGAUUGCGAUCUCCCCACGAAAAGACUGUCGACUCAAAAUAUCGAUGCCUCCUCCAACGGUGGAAACAGAUGAGGAGUUGCUGGUAGCCAGUUUCGAUGGAUCGGCUAGGAUAAAAAAAGAAAGGAGGGUCGUUCAGUGCCGUGAUAUGGAAGUUACCCGAAUGGACGAUCGUGGCGGCCGAAUCGAGAUAUGUUCACGAUCUGACUGUGAACGAAGCUGA